AUGGGUGACACGCCAGCCGUGUGCUUGACGCAGGACGUUCCCCCUUCGUUUCGUAUUCGCGCUCACGCCCGCACUACGAAACGAGGAGAUACAAAAGGGAAGGAAAAGGAAGGAGAGAAGGGAAAUGACAGGCAAGACGAGGAUAGUGAAAAUGACCAGAAAGACCUAAUCAGCAUCUUGCUUCUUGGGUGUGGAGAUCUUCGCAAGAUUCUCUUCACGAUCAAUCAUGAUACCCGCAACACCCUGUUUCUAACCCUCCUCAUCGACAUAAACUCCCAAACUCCCCCCUCCCCCUCCUUACAAGACCUCUUCCCAAUCUACUACCACCUCUACCUCCCACCCCGCCUCGCCAGCCUCAUCGCCUCACAAGCCCGCAAGCUAAUCGACGUUUCCGACUCCCUCCAAACCUGGCACGCAAGCACAUACGGUCGUGGAGGCAUCCGCUUUUGUGACUCGUACUCCCUCUCCCGCGCCCGCGAAGUCUGGCAAUGCUGGGCUCAAUUCGAAGGCAACGAGGAACCCGGGGUUACUGAUGUUGACUUCAAAGCCAAGUUCGAAGCGGACCUGGCUGCGACCAGAGGUGUGAAAACCGAUGAACGAGUGGAUAGCACUGGCUGUGGCCUCGUCUACACAGCCGUACGAUCGGCGGCACCGGCAGCGGAUGAGGAUAUGCGCCAUCUGAACGAUCUCCAUCAACGGUUUUGGAGGGUCGGGAGUCUUUCAGCCCAAAACAGCGAUGCGGUCAAGAAGGAGAGCAGGCAGGUUAACCCGAUGUUUGCCACGCCGGAUGUCGGACGUGUGAGGAUGCACUGGGGACUGGAUCCGCUUCUGGGGUUUCCGUUGGCGGAGGCGUAUACGAGGACGGUGAGUGAGCCGGAGGAUGUGAGUGCACCGCAAAAGGUAGUGGCGCUUGUGAUGGAGAAGUUUGCGGCGUGGUGCCAGAGUUUCAAGGAAGCAUGGGCGGAGAGGAGCGUGGUAACGAGGUGGUUUGUCGGCGAUGCCAUUGCCUUUGGGCAUACUUUGCAAGGCUGUGCAAAUGGCAGGACAGUCAAUGCCCACUGGUAUCGCAGCCGGCAUAGCUUCAGACGUUUAAAGUUUGAUGGGGAGGAUUACCAGCCCGGAAGCCUUACCCCUGCCCCAUUAUCCUUCAUGGUUAUUGAUACCUCCAAUCUCAUUGAUGACCUCGGCGCUCUCAAUGUGCUGGUCGCCACCUCCCCGCUGCUCGAGAACAACCUAGCCGCCACGAUCUAUACCGAGAUGCUCACCCGGUACCAUCGCACUUAUAAAGAUGAAGCCGACAACCUCCUUUGCGGCCCCCUCUCCACCGUCGCCCUCCUCCUCGGUCUGUUUUGCGUAGAACAUUCCACCAACACCUCCGCUUAUCACCCAUCCCAGGACGCCAUGACCUACCAAAUGAUAGAAUACGGAUCUGCUCUGCCCACAGACAUGCCUCCAAAGUUGUACCAGCCAUACGAGCGGCUGAGAUGGAAGCGGCCCAUAGCGCAUUAG